AUGCUGCCCAUCACGGACUAUCUGUUGCAUCUGCUGGGGCUGGAGAAGACAGCCUUUCGAGUGUAUGCUGUGUCAGCUCUGCUGCUGUUCCUCCUCUUCUUCCUCUUCCGCCUGCUACUGCAGGUGUUCAAAUUAUGUUGGGACUUCCGCACCCUUUGUCGCAGGCUCAGCUGCUUCCCAGAGCCUCCAGGCCGCCACUGGCUGCUGGGCCACGUGAGCAUGUAUCUUCCCAAUGAGAAGGGCCUUCAGAAUGAGAAGAAAGUGCUGGAUACCAUGCACCACAUCGUCCUGGCAUGGGUUGGACCUUUCCUGCCUCUCUUGGUGCUUGUCCAUCCUGAUUACAUGAAGCCUGUGUUGGGUGCCUCAGCUGCCAUUGCGCCCAAGGAUGAGUUUUUCUAUAGCUUCCUGAAGCCGUGGUUAGGGGAUGGACUUUUGCUCAGCAAAGGGAACAAAUGGAGCCGGCACCGCCGCCUGCUCACACCCGCCUUCCACUUUGACAUCCUGAAGCCCUACAUGAAGAUCUUCAACCAGUGCACGGACAUCAUGCACGCUAAAUGGCGGCGGCAUCUGGCAGAGGGCUCGGUGGCUUCCUUUGACAUGUUCGAGCACGUCAGCCUCCUGACCCUGGACAGCCUUCAGAAAUGUGUGUUCAGUUACAACAGUGACUGCCAGGAGAGAAUGAGCGAUUACAUCUCUUCCAUCAUCGAACUGAGCGCUCUGGUGGUGAGACGCCAAUACCGCCUGCAUCACUACCUGGAUUUCAUCUAUUACUUCACGGCCGACGGGCGGCGCUUCCGUCAGGCCUGCGACACCGUGCACAAGUUCACCACCGAAGUCAUCCAGGAGCGGCGGCGGGCGCUGCGCCAGCAGGGUGCUGAGGCGUGGCUGAAGGCCAAGCAAGGCAAAACCUUGGACUUCAUCGAUGUCUUGCUGAUGGCCAAGGAUGAAGAGGGAAAGGAAUUGUCUGAUGAGGACAUCCGAGCUGAGGCAGACACGUUCAUGUUUGAAGGUCAUGAUACAACAUCUAGUGGGCUGUCGUGGGCGCUGUUCAACCUGGCGAAGUAUCCCGAGUACCAGGAGAAGUGCCGGGAAGAGAUCCAAGAAGUCAUGAAGGGCCGGGAGCUGGAAGAGCUGGACUGGGAUGACCUGACUCAGCUGCCCUUCACCACUAUGUGUAUCAAGGAGAGCCUCCGACAGUUCCCACCUGUGACGCUCAUCUCUCGCCGAUGCACCGAGGACAUCAAGCUGCCAGAUGGGCGCAUCAUUCCCAAAGGUAUUAUCUGCUUGCUCAGCAUCUAUGGGACACACUACAACCCUUUAGUGUGGCCUGACUCUAAGGUGUACAAUCCUUACCGCUUUGAUCCAGACACCCCACAGCAGCGCUCCCCGCUGGCCUACGUACCUUUCUCAGCAGGUCCCAGGAACUGCAUUGGGCAGAGCUUUGCCAUGGCAGAGAUGCGAGUGGUCGUGGCGCUGACACUGCUGCGCUUCCGCCUGAGCGUGGACCGAACGCGCAAGGUGCGGCGGAAGCCGGAGCUCAUUCUGCGCACGGAGAACGGCAUCUGGCUCAACGUGGAGCCUCUGACCCCGCGGGCCUGA